AUGUCUCUGCUCCGCUCGUCCCUGUGUCGCGCGUGCAGGCGGUCGUCGCCGCUGCUGGUGGUGCGCCGAGGCUUCGCAACGGCCGGCCGCGCGCAGACGUCAUCCGACAACCGGGUCAAGAUUGUCGAGGUCGGCCCCCGAGACGGGCUGCAGAACGAGAAGAAGGCGAUUCCGCUGGCGACCAAGAUUGAGCUGAUUGAGCGGCUGGCCAGGACGGGGCUGACGACGAUUGAGGCUGGGUCUUUUGUUGCGCCGAAAUGGGUGCCUCAGAUGGCCAAUUCGAGCGAAAUCAUGGAGCACAUCCUCCAGCAGCCCAUUGACGCCCCCGUCCCCGUCACAUACUCGUUCCUCGCACCGAAUACAAAGGGCCUCCAGAACGCAGCAGCUCUGCUGAAACAGAACCCCGGGCGGUUCUCCACGCAGCUGGAGCCCGACGUCAAGAAGCCCGGGAUCGAGGUGGCCGUCUUCGCGGCCGCCACGGAGAGCUUCUCGCAGAAGAACCUCAACUGCGACAUCAAGACGUCGCUGGAGCGCUUCAAGGCCGUCAUCCAGGAGUCCAAGGCGCUGGGCCUGCGGGUGCGGGCGUACAUCUCGGUCGUGCUGGGCUGCCCGUUCGAGGGCUUCGACGUGGACCCGCACAAGGUGGCCGAGAUCGCGACGGACCUGCUCGAGUCCGGGGCGGACGAGAUCUCGCUGGGGGACACGACGGGCAUGGGGACGGCGCCGCGGACGAGCGCGCUGCUGCGGUGCAUGAGCGCGGCGGGGAUCCGCAACGAGGACAUUGCGAUGCACUUCCACGACACGUACGGGCAGGCGCUGGUGAACACGGCGGUGUCGCUGGAGCACGGGAUCCGCAUCUUUGACAGCAGCGUCGGCGGGCUGGGCGGGUGCCCUUACAGCCCCGGGGCGACGGGCAACGUGGCGACGGAGAACAUGGUGUACUUUAUGGAGACGCUGGGGAUGGAGACGGGAGUUGACUUGGACGGCGUGGCGGACAUUGGGGCCUGGAUCACGCAGGAGCUGGGCAAGGCGAAUGACAGCUCGGCACCUCAUUCCCGGGCCUGCUACGGCUUCUCUAGCUCUAGAUUCGCAGCAAUGGCGGACCCACGCAAUUCGUCAUCCUACUCGGUUGUGCCGCAACUGCAGUAUAACACCGUGAGCGGCGUCAACGGUCCGCUGGUCAUUGUCGAGAACGUCAAAUUCCCGCGAUACAAUGAGAUCGUCACGCUUACCCUGCCCGACGGUACGGAGAGAAACGGACAGGUUCUGGAAGCUCGAGGUGACCGAGCUGUUGUCCAGGUUUUCGAGGGUACCUCCGGUAUCGAUGUGAAGAAGACUCGUAUCAAGUUCACCGGCCAGAACCUCAAGCUCGGUGUCUCGGAGGACAUGCUGGGCCGUAUCUUUGAUGGUUCUGGACGUGCCAUCGACAAGGGCCCCAAGGUGCUGCCGGAAGAGUACCUCGACAUCAACGGCAGUCCCAUCAACCCCUUCUCCCGAGAAUACCCCGAGGAAAUGAUUGCGACCGGUAUCUCGGCCAUCGACACAAUGAACUCGAUCGCGCGAGGACAAAAGAUUCCCAUCUUCUCCGCCUCCGGUCUGCCACACAACGAAAUCGCCGCUCAGAUUUGCCGACAGGCUGGUUUGGUCAAGCAGCACGGAGUUACCAACAAGGGUGUCCACGACGGCCACGAGGAGAACUUCUCCAUCGUGUUCGGUGCCAUGGGUGUCAACUUGGAGACUGCUCGAUUCUUUACCCGCGAUUUCGAAGAGAACGGCAGCUUGGAGCGUACCACGCUGUUCCUCAACCUUGCCAACGACCCUACCAUCGAGCGUAUUAUUACUCCUCGUCUUGCCCUUACCACCGCCGAGUACUACGCCUACCAGCUCGAGAAGCACGUCCUGGUCAUCUUGACCGAUCUGUCGGCCUACUGCGAUGCCCUUCGUGAGGUUUCCGCCGCUCGAGAGGAAGUGCCCGGUCGUCGUGGUUUCCCCGGUUACAUGUACACCGAUUUGUCGACCAUUUACGAGCGAGCCGGUCGUGUGACGGGACGAAACGGCUCCAUCACCCAGAUCCCCAUCUUGACCAUGCCCAACGACGACAUCACCCAUCCCAUCCCCGACUUGACUGGAUACAUUACCGAGGGACAGAUCUUCGUCGACCGACCUCUGUACAACCGUGGUAUCUACCCCCCGAUCAACGUGCUGCCCUCGCUGUCGCGUUUGAUGAAGUCUGCCAUUGGUGAGGGCAUGACUCGCAAGGACCACGGUGAUGUCUCCAACCAGCUGUACGCCAAGUACGCCAUUGGCCGUGAUGCCGCCGCCAUGAAGGCUGUCGUUGGUGAGGAGGCCCUGUCAUCCGAAGACAAGCUGUCACUGGAGUUCUUGGACAAGUUCGAGCGCCAGUUCAUCAGCCAGGGCGCGUACGAGUCUCGAACGAUCUACGAGUCCCUGGAUUUGGCAUGGAGCCUGCUCCGCAUCUACCCCAAGGACCUGCUCAACCGUAUCCCGGCCAAGAUCCUCAACGAGUUCUACCAGCGAUCUCAGAAGGAUGCCAAGUCGAAGGGCAAGGCGCGAGCGGAGGUUGCCUCCAACGACAGGCAGCAGGCUGAGGAGAACCUGAUUGACGCUUAA